AUGAGGAAACAAUCAGUUAACCAGCAAGAUGAAAUUCUUAAACUAUAUGCAUCUAAAUUUUCAACAUAAGCCAAACCCGGAGAGAGACCAUAAUCUCAAAUAAGACCUAAUACAAUAACCAAAGAUAAGAUUAAAUACGACUCAACAAGGGCAGUAACUAAUUAAGGUUAUCAAUCUAAGGACUAAAUGACGACUGAAGGAAAAGAUAGACAUAAAGAAAUACAAAAACUGACAGCAUAGACCGCUCAUCAUCAAAGUUAGCCUUUAUUGAGACCAGCUACGGCUUAUCAUGACCAAUCUAAGCAAUUGCAGCAAUCAUCUUCACAGUUGCUUCAUGCUAGACCUUAAACAGCUUUAACUAGCUCAAGAAUCGUCAAGAAUACUAGCAGAAGAGAUCAUCUUUAGGAAUUGUUUGAGAAGUUACAUUUCAACUACAAGUAGAUUUCAACAUACAAGGACAUCUAUGCCUUUAAAGAUGAACACAAAAAGGAUGUUAUGGAUCAUGACUUCUAGUAUCAUUACAAAAGAGACAGAGUGACUAUCUAUAAUGAGGCAAUGGUCAGAAUGAAACCUCAUUUGCGCAAGUGA